CUGGGCAGACCGUUCUGUGGCGCCAUUCAUUACCCUCGCCGCCGAUUAUAUAUCGAAGAUGUGUCGUGUGUCGGUGGGCGGUGAGACAGUUGGCAUCAGAGAAGAGGAAGGCCAUGGUGCUUUAGGGCUCCGCAAUUUCGCGGUUCCUUCCAUUGCUUUCGUUGUGCGAGUCCGGUGCGCGUGGGCGCUGCGCACGGAGUUGUGCACAGUCCGGAUGGUGAACUGCGCGCUCGUUUUCGAGUCCGAAAUCGUGGCGGAGUGCACUGCUGCGUGUCGGAACACUUGCCUGUCCGUCGGCAGCAGGACGACGGUUCUUCGGUGGGACUGUGGUGGGGUGAGCACGUGGGGAGAGUUACGCCAUCGCACGUGUGUGGGGGUGCACACUCGGGCAACGAUGGACAUCCAAGUGGCGGUCAGGGGUCGUGUGCUAGGAUGCACCAUUACAUGCUAUGAGAUGAGGGAUCGUCGCGGAGAGGACGAUGGCCGUGUUUACGACUUCGUGAAACCGACGACGAGCCGCGAAGUGCGGCAGUAUGAGGUGGACGCAGAUGGACAGACCGUCUUGUACGCCAGUCUUUGUCUUGGAUUCGAGGACGACGUGCUAUGCGAAGCAGUCGGUCAUGUGGCCAAGGUCGGGCGAGCCAUCCCCAACCGCUGGGACGGAGGGGUCGACGUCCUUGCGGACAUCGUCGACCUCCUGAUCUGCAACAUCGCCGAUGAGUUCGAGGAUCGCAAGACCGAUGACGCGGAUUUCAGGGUGCAGCCCGAUCCUCCGCUGCACGACCGGCCGGGUCUCGGCGGCGACAUCCGGAAAAUGGACGACUAGUUUCGGACGGAGGUGUUGGCAGCAUGCCACUCGCGGUGACAUUCACUGUGACGCGCGCGCGCGCGCGCGCGCGCGAGAGAGAGAGAGAGAGAGAGAGAGAGAGAGAGAGAGAGAGAGAUUUGUCCGGCUGUUUUUCAACAAUGUCAGCGGGCGGAUGAGAGGUGGUCAAUAAAAUCUUGGUUUCGUUCACGUGACACUUUCAUGUUGUGUACGGUUUGACGCUGGACGAAUGUUGCUAUUGUUGUGUACAAGAUUUGCAGAACGAAUAACGUUUCGCAAUGCGUGGGCUUUCAAUCAUGGCAUUUGCCGCCUGUGGUGGUGUAAUGGUUUGUUUUGUUUCUAUUUUUCUUAUGAAAUGCUCACAACAAACAAAAGGCCACCACAAUG